AUGCUCGUAGAGAUCAAUGAAGCUGUAGUCCAAAGGAAGGGAGCGCUUGCAUGGCUUCGGAAAGCUCCUUCAUUUUCUGUCUCUAUUCGGUGCCAGGAUGCUUCCUCCCCUGUUGUUCGCAUUCACAGACGGAGAAGGUGCAGGGUGGGCCUAUCUUACGAAAUAAAAGAUGCAUGGGAAGAUAAAACAUUUCUCGUCAUUGCACUAAAGAAAGAAACUCUGGAGAUUCCUUUGCAUGCAGACAGUGCAACAAUUCCUUUCAAAUUUAAAAAAUAUAGGGGCUAUAUUACUGCGCGGCUGGUGGAUAAGAACUAUUUUGCGCUUUACGAACUGGACAGGCUUUCGAUUAGCAAUGCUGAUGGGUCUCCCUUUUCUGAUAUCGAUCAGUUGUCCACAAGCCACAGCAUAAAAAACAACACCAUAAAACGAACAAUGUAUGACGGGUUCCACUACAAGGUGAACAUACAGACGUUUGAAACAACGGGAUACUCCCAAAUCCUUGCAAACCCGAUCAUUUCUGAAGCACAUCGAUACACUCUCUCUCUUUUUGACUCUGCAGUCACAAAAAACUCAAAAGAAGAUGACGCCUUUCUCAAAAAGGUGCGGUGUCUUAGGAGCUCUCCAAAGAUGUUUAUUUCCAUCUUCUUCCACGUCUCUCUUGAGGUCUCCAGGAACUCCAUAGUCUACUCGCUCUACAAAUUGUAUACGAACCCGUACUACAAGAAAGACCUUUACAAAAAAAUAACAGUAAAGUUCAUUGGCGAGCUGGGAGAAGACCACGGCGCGCUUCGGAAAGAGUUCUUUGAGCUGGCAGGCAAUGAGAUUGUGAGUGACAGCAGAUUUACCGUAGAAAAUGGCUUGUUCGACUUCACUUCGGUCAAAGAUCUGCAGACGUCUUCAGAAAAGAAGAACUGCAUCCUCAAUAUUUCUGACUCUGAGUUCUACUCUUUCGUAGGGUUCUUCCUUGGCCAUGUUAUCUUCCAGCAGGUUCAGAUCAAUGCGCGCUUCUCCAAAACCUUCUACAUGGCUCUUUUAAAGCAGAACUGCGAAUACAAAGACAUAACGGACGAGAUCCUGAAGGCAAGCAUAGACUGGAUUCGCAACAAUCCUGUGGAAGAGAUGGGAUUUGUCUUCAAAUCAGGGAAAACAGUAACUGAUGAAAACAAGGAGAUGUUUAUCAAUGAGUACAUCAGAGAAGAAACAUAUCUGAAGCGCCCUGGGUAUUCGAGCAUGUCCUACACGUUCCACAAAAUAGUUUCUGAUGAAAUUUUAAACUUCCAGGUGAACGAAAUAGAAAGGCUUUUCUCGGGUGUGGCUAUCAUUCCCGUGGAGUAUCUGAAACGAAUAGCCAUAUACAAAGAGUGCAGUGAGCAAACCCCCGAAGUUGCAAGCUUCUGGAGCAUCAUGGAAACAUCCACGGAGGAAUUUAAAAAAGAAGUUCUUCGGUUUAUCACUGGGUCUUCUUCAAUACAGUACAUCCCAGGAUCGCAGGUAGAGUCUAUUAUAAUCGAGCACAUUAACAUACCAGGAUCCCUGCCCACUGCCCACACCUGCUUUCGAAGACUGGUGUUGUACAAAUACAGCUCUCCUGCUGAGCUGCGAGAAAAGCUUGAGAUGUCAGUCAGAGAAAAUGGAGGCUUUCAUUUCAUAUGA